GCAACCAGUUUAUUAUAAAGCCAUAAUAAUGUGACAGAUGACUUGAGGUGGCCGUCUUUCCUUGAAUGUUUUCCUUUGGUGUUUUUCAACUGAAUUGUGAGGACUGUUAUUCACAUGGAAAUCUAUUAAAUUGCGCAGCUGGUUAGUUUGGGUUUCAGACAUUUUUAUUAUCACAUGUAUUUGUAACAGGUGAUGGUUUGCAUCGCCAGCUAGUUUCUCUAAGGUUUCUGUUUGGUGUCACAAGGUGUUUCUGACAGAUAAAAUUAGCUGAAAGACGUUUCAUAUUAAGGACAAAAUGGACUGUCUGGUACAAGUAGCCUGUGUAAACGAAAUAGCAUGACUUGUUAGCAAAAAUAUAUUUAAAAAAAAUAAGUGAAAAUAAACCCACCGUAACACAGUUAACCCUCUCUCUCUUUCAUCUUUUUGUCUUUAAACUCCCCUUCCUGUUUUUGGUGCCACUGUUGCUCCUUUGUGUACAGUCACAAUGAUAUCACCUCUAACUUGAUGCUUUUGUCCACGUGACUUGGUGCUGGAUGGCUACUGAGUUUAUUAAUUUGGUUUUGUAUGUUUUUUCUGUGUGAUUAUGUGUGCAUAUCAGAUGACUAGAGUGGCCCAGCUGUUACACUACACUAGCCUGAGUCAGGCAUUGUUUUCCAAGCCACUAUCCCCGAUCGGGCCAACGCAGCCUUCAAGGGGGAAUGUGACCCGGAGAAUAGCCCGCUGAACCUUCCAAGAUGGACACCUUGUCUCUUUUUUUUAUUUUUUAUUUAUUUUUCUUUCAUUUUCGGUUUGUUUUCUUUCAUACUAUCCCAUGUUGUCCACUCUCCACUGUCUCUGCCUAUAGAUAUUACAGUUUUUCUUAUCUCUAGCGUUGUGUUUAUAUUUUUUAUUUAUGUUUGUUAUUUUGAUUAUUGUCCAACCCCUACCCCCCUCUCUCUUUCUACUACAGCUGCAGCUUGUGUGUGAUUGAAUUCUGUCCAGGUUGCUACGGCAUACCGGUGGGGAUGCUAGGAGGAUCACUAACACUUUUGUUCUCUUGUCUCCUACACCUGUUGAUGCGAAGGGCUAGGCUUUGUGAAAAGUGAGCCCCAGUUAAUGAAGCAUUAAUCAUUAAAGGAAAAAAUCUGUACUCAGUGAUGUAGUAGAAGACUUUUUUCCUCACAUUACUACAGUAUUGCUCUGAUGUGGAUGUUUGUUAUUUAGUAACAACAGAACUGAUCAAUGAAGCUUCGUUUCUCAUCAUAACAUGCUUUGCAUUGAUAAUGCUUAUAUUACAAGAUGGAUCUUUUAAUCUUUUAGAAGGAAGCCUUUCUUGUUAAAGAAUAGGAAAUCAAAGCUAAAUCCCUCCACCUGUACUCAAAUAAAUCUGUAACCGUUGUGCGUUCUUCCCCAGCAUGGAAGGAAAUGAUAACUUUAAUAGUGGAAUGAGCAAAAAAGAAAAAAAAUCCUAAUUGGUUGUCUUUUUUUAAUAGCUAAGUUUUGGCUAACAUUUCUUACAGUUCUUAAAAUUGUUGUUCUUUUCUGUAUCUGAUGUCCUGUGUGCUAUUAGUGAUGCAGCCAUUGGGGUUGUCUUGUGUUGCACACCUUUCCAACACUGCGAAACGAUCGCUCCACGGAAAAGCGCCCAUGCUUGAUAUCGUAUGGUUCAUGACCAAUAUGUUUCCAGUACAGGGAAAAUCCCAGAAGAGGCGAAGGCUUUGUCACUAUUGGCACCUGCCACCCCGGUCCCCAGCCUGAUCCCUGGUGGAGGAUUGCUGCCAAUUCCUACUCCAGCUCCUCUUCAGAAUCUGAACCUUCCAUUAGUGAAUCGGAUUUCCUCUGGACUCAGCCCAACAUCGUCUGUUCUCUCGCAGCCUCCACUCGUUGGAAACGUUGAUCCCUCAAAAAUCGACGAGAUCAGGAGGACGGUUUAUGUCGGCAACUUAAAUUCACAGACCACCACUGCAGAGCAGCUGCUGGAGUUCUUCAAGCAGGUGGGAGACGUAAAGUUUGUGCGAAUGGCUGGAGACGAGACCCAACCAACACGGUUCGCCUUCGUAGAGUUUGUUGAUCAGGAUUCUGUCGCCAGAGCUUUGACCUUCAAUGGAGUCAUGUUUGGAGACAGACCCCUCAAGGUUAAUCAUUCCAACAAUGCCAUCGUUAAACCUCCCGAGCUGACGCCGCAGGCUGCUGCCAAGGAGCUAGAAAGUGUGAUGAAGAGGGUGAGGGAAGCCCAGUCCACCAUUGCUGCUGCCAUAGAACCAGCAGAAGUAAAGAAGCGUUCGUCCAGCCGGUCUCGACGGUCCCGCCGGUCUCGUUCGCGCUCACAUUCACACUCGAGAUCACGCAGGAAAAGAUCCCGCUCUAAACACAGGCCAUCACAGAGAUCGUGGGCGGCGAGCGACUCCCACAGCUCCAGAGGCGGUCGCAGGAGGCGCUCUCGCUCCAGAGACAGAAGACGCAUUCGGAGUCGCUCCAGGGGCCACAAAAAGAGGAGUAAAGAUCGGUCCAGAAGCCCUCGAAGGAAAGCCAGAUCUCCUUCACCCAAACGAGGUAAGAGAGAGAAGAGGAGGGAGCGAAGCAGGGACAGAAAGGAACGCUCCACAUCCAGGAAGAGGAGCCGCAAAGAUGAGGACAGGAUAAAGAGCAAAUCCAAGACAACAAAGCUGGAAGUGGAUUAUAUCCGAGAGGAGAAAGAGGAGUAUGGAAGUGACAGAGAGGACUCGGUUACACUGAGCGAGGACAUGGCGUCCUCACCGUUCGGCCUACACAACGGCAGCUACAGGACUCUUAGUGAGGAGGAAGCGUCUCUGGGUGCAGACGGCACCAAGUGAACAUUGGAGCACCAUGGAAACGAUUCCUGCUCCCAUCAAAGUAUCUCCAGCGCUCAUCAUGUGCGUAUAAAUGCAUAAACACUGAAUAACCACUUAUGACAACUCGUUUUCACUCAUCAUCUUCCCGAGUAUUUUCCUAAGACACACAAGGUUUGUCAUUGAGCCCAUUUCCCAGCUGAACUACAGUGUUGCAAAGAUAUUGUACAAAAACAAACUCAACACCUGGAGAAACAAAAAGCCCAUCAAGAUCUUCCAUCUGCGGCCAUGCUUGUUUCAAAGCUGUUGUAUUGGCUUGUAUAAUCUUGUAGAAAAGCCUCUAAGAACUUCAGUUCGUACAAACUCUGCAGACAUCUGUUGUAUCAGAUUAGAAAACCUGCAGGCCUGAGCCAGCUGCAGAGCUUCAGAAACUCAUCCUGGUCUCAGAAAAAAAAUUACAGCCAGAGGUAACACUUCGGUUUGGUGUAAUCCCUCUCAGAUUAUCAGUAUUUACGUUACAUUUCCAACACACAAUAUGCACCAGAAAUCUGCUUUAUAAGUUGUAUCUUUAUUGUUCUCAUUUAUUUUGGGAGAUUUUUCACAUCUGUAGUUUGUGUGAGUGAAGUUGGCUUUUCACACUUGUCAGCAGGAAUAUAAAGGGAAGAAGGAGGCAGCUGUCUGAAAGAAAUGAAAGAAAAAUCCGUUUCAUCCUCAGUUAUGUGCAUAAGUGUGGGGAAAAAAGGCUUUCAAGCUUUGCACUCCUCGGGCAGCGUUUCUGCAGUCCAGCUUCAUUUACCUGAAAGUUGAUCUGUUUCUGGAGUAAAAAAACAGGCAGGAGUCCUCUGCUUGAGAGAUGUUUUGUCUUAGUUAAACAUAAUAAGCCUUUAAAUAAAUCACAAAACUCUUUUUAAAACCUGAACAUGUGAUGGAUAUCUCAACUAAACCAGGACACUAUCUGAAUUCAGUUUAUAAAUCAGGAGUAAAAUGAUAUUUUCCUGACUUAAGAAACUAAAACGGUUUGACUUUAUCUCACUGAAAUGUUGUUCCUCAAACCCCAGAAAUUUCACUUCAUGUAACAUUUGUUUGCCUGCUCGUGAUGUCUAACCGUGAUGUGACUGCAACAAUAUUCGUCAUCACAAAGAGCAGCAGCUACGUACAGCAGGAAAAACAACAUACAUUCCUCUGCUAAAGCCUGAACCCCGUUCAGCAAACAGGUUUGUCCCACAGGCUUCAUUAAAUGUUUUUCCAUCGUAAUGCCGGCAGACAAACGGUCCGUCUCAGCCGUGAGAAGAAAGCUCAUUUGUGUCGUUGAAGGAAUAUUUCAACUCUGAGGUGAGUGAAGUGGCCUUCAUUCCCUGUUUUGCAUCCCAUUUCCGCAUCAUCUUUAGCGACCUAUUGACUCACAAGGUUCAGAGUAGUAUGUACCUGUUGUGAACUUUUAAAAAAAGUUGUUUUUUCUUAUUUGGUCAACAUGAAAGCGUUGCUUUAUUGCCUGUUUUAUAGGUGUACAUAAAAAUGCUUUAUAUAUAUAUAUAUAUUUGUAAGUAGCUGCAACAUCACAAUGUGCAAUUUUCCAUCGUCCUGCUAUCGUAACUCUGUGAGAUAAAAAAAAAAAAGGCUACUAACUUUUUAAUAAAAACAGGUUUAGGUGUGCAGAAUGUCUUUCAGCUCGUAUUACUGGAGACGUUACAGGUCGGCUUGGAAGCACAGAGGGGUCAAAAAGUGCCUAGACUACGAUUGUACAGAGUUCUCUUAACAAUAUAUGAAGACUUGUUCUGGAUGUUGCGCAGAUAAAAACUAAUGAGAUGUUAUAUUAAAGUAUUGUAAGCUGUCACUGGUAGCUGGAAAGAUGAAAAUUAAUGGGAUUUUUGUUUUCUGGUUUUUGUUUCUGUAAUUUUUGAUGUUGCUGUAGUUGUGAGUGGAAUUGUGUCCAAAAAUGUCUGUAAAUCAGCCCCAAGUUUGAUGUUUUGUUUUUUUUAUUUUAAUUUAUCUUUGUCUUUGUGGCUCAUAGAUAUUUUAAAAGGAAUCUUAAUGGCUGUUUUUGCCAAAUUCUACUUGUCUGGCUUUUAUAGACAUGUUUUUUUCUCUAAAGAGGUUGUGUUUACUUAUUUUUUUUUCUUUUUUAACAUAUAAAAUUCUUAGUCUGAAGGUGUGAGCUUGGAACAUUUCAGACUAAGCUGACAGUUUGUGAAGAAUUGUAUUUUUUAUAUUUGUAUCCAUCAUGAUAUAAAUACUGUAGGAACGUGUUUGAUGGGUUUGAUGCUGCGAUCGGGACUCGAUUUGACAGUUCGGUGGCUGUUUCUGAGAAGCUUGGAUGUAUGAACAUAUGAACGUAAUCUCUUUCUGUUUAAAUCUAACGGUAUGUCUGAUUUGCUUCCGAAGAACCUGAAUAAAAAGAUUCUUUCAGCUA